AUGUCACAGAAGGACUGGCUCCAGGAGAAGAAAUAUUUUGAGACUUCAUUCCCCAUGGCUAUCGGACGAGCCUGCACGACGUUUACGAUUCUAAGAAACAAGUGCCAUAUUCAUCUUGGCACUGAAGAAGACAUCAGCUCAGCAACAUUCCAGUCCUGUCCACUGCCGCUGGACUUCCUCGAGCAUACCGAGGGCCUAGGGUCAUUGAAUCACGAGGCACAGGGCUCAGGGCGUAACUCGUCAACUUCACAAAAGGCAGAAUCGGCCCAACCAUCUCCUGCCAAGUCUUUCCUGGCCGCCCUCUCUUCUUGUCGGAUUGGAAAUACCAACACUUCUCCUUCGUUGCAGAAUCCAAAGUUUAGACAUGGUUCUAUACUCAGAGUGAAUGCCUCGUCGCCAAAAUAG